CACCUGCUGCUCACUGAAACCCGGGAAGAUGGCCGGCCCGUGGCCCUUCCUCCUCCUCGGUGGUUUGCUGGCAGCCACCUUGGUCCGAGCCACCUUCAGCCCAGCCGUGGUUCUCAGCCUUGGCCCAGAAGUCAUCAAAGAAAAGCUGUCCCAGGAGCUGAGGGACGCGGGAGCCACCACCAUCCUCCAGCAGCUGCCGCUGCUCAGCGCCAUUCGGGACGCGCCGACCGGGGGCAUCCCGAUUCUGGGCAGCCUCGUGAACACUGUCCUGAGGCACAUCGUCUGGCUGAAGGUCACCUCAGCUAACAUCCUCCAGCUGCAAGUGCAGCCCUCGGCCCACAACCAGGAGCUGGAGGUCAAGAUCCCCCUGGACAUGGUGGCCGGACUCAACACGCCCCUGGUCAAGACCAUCGUGGAGUUACACAUGGAGACUGAGGUGCAGGCCACCAUCAGCAUGGACACCGGUGCGAGAGGCGCCGCCCACCUGAGCCUCCGGGCCUGCUCCACGAGCCACGGGGGCCUGCGCAUCAGCCUGCUGCACAGUGUCUCCUUCCUGGUCAACUCCUUAGCCGACAAGGUCAUGAGCCUCCUGGCGCCAGCCCUGCCCAAGCUGGUGAAGAGCCAGGCCAAGCUGGUGGACUCACAGGGAAAGGUGACCAAGUGGUUCAAUAACUCUUCAGCUUUCCUGACGAAGCCCCCCCUGGACAGUGCCCCAUUCAGCCUCACUGUGAGGCAGGAUGUGGUAAAUGCUGCGGUGGCUGCCAUGCUCCCUCCAGAAGAAUUCACAGUCUUGUUGGACUACGUGCUGCCCGAGCUGGCCCGUUUGCUGAAGUUGAGCCUCAAGGGGAUCCAGGAGAAGGCUGCGGACGAGCUGGCGCCCUCCCAGCUCGUGAAGAUUGCCACCCAGGAGACCCCUGAGCUGCUUCUGAGCCAAGGCAGGGCCAAGGUGGCCCAACUGGUCGUGCUGGAAAUAUUUCCCACCGACAAAGCCUCCCGCCCCCUGUUCACACUGGGCAUCGAAGCCAGCUCGGAGUCUCAGUUCUACACCCAAGGUGACAGGCUGAUGCUCAACUUGAAUGGGAUCAGCUCGGAUCGGAUCCAACUGAUGAAUUCGAGAAUUGGCUGGUUUGAGCCUGAAGCUCUGAAGCCCAUCAUCACCGAGAUCCUUGUCUCCGUGCUGCUGCCCAAUGAGAACGGCAAACUACGGUCCGGGAUCCCCAUGUCGAUAGUGAAGGCCUUGGGGUUCGAGACGGCAGCGUGGUCUCUGACCAGGGACGCCCUUGUGGUCACCGCGGCCUCCUCGUAG